UAGUUGACAAGCUAAUGGAAGGCUGUCCUUCAGAUCACUCUGAUCAGGAGAAGUUUCAUUGCUGCUUGUAGAUAGAUUGCAUUAUUGAUUCCCAAUUGGCUGUUGACUUGUUUUUACUGGAAUGGGCUGAUUACUGGCCCCAAACUCCCAACAACUCCCAGCUCAGAACCCCUUCCCAAGGAUCCACAAGGCAAGUCCCUGCUUGGUGUCAACCGAGGACUCAGCUCCAGGAAAAUCUGCGUUGAUGGAAAUGGGAAAAAAUUCUCAACAAAUGGAGUCUCUGAGGAGUCGGGAAUCCAAGUACAUCGACACCCAACCACUCUACCAGAAUUACUGGCUCCAAAAACUGGGAGGAGACCAAGGGAAGCUGAGGAAAGACUGCUCUGUGUUAGAUACUACACUGUCCCUGGCUGGUCUCGUCUCUUCCUCCAUCCUCAACUCCUCCUCCUCACAGCUGUCCCCUAAAGAUUCCAGCUUCACCUUCUGGCGGGAGAUUCCCGAGGUGAAAGCCAGCGGAGUGCUGGCCUCCAUCACCGCCCAGGAAUGCACGCUGCAGGAAGCUAUGUUUGAAGUCAUUACCUCUGAGGCCUCCUACUUGCGCAGUUUGACGGUGGCCGUCAAUCACUUCAGUAAGUGCCGGGAGCUGCUGGACACCCUGACUCCCACCGAGGUCCACACUCUCUUUUCCAACCUGCUGGGUGUCCGGGAAGCCAGCGAGAGGUUCCUCUUGGAGCUGGAGGACCGUCUGGAGGAGAAAGUGCUCGUUACCAACAUCGGUGACAUCGUUCUCAAACACUGCGCUGCCUUCCGGAAGGUUUAUGUCCCCUACGUCACCAACCAGAUGUACCAGGAGUCCAUGAUGCAGCAGCUGGUUGGGAAUGAGAAGUUUACCCAGGUGCUGAGGGAACUGGAGGCAAACAGCAUGUGCCAGCGACAGCCACUCAAGUCCUUUCUGAUCCUACCUUUCCAGAGAAUCACACGGCUGAAGAUUCUGCUCGAGAAUAUCUUGACAUUGUCUUCCCCAAAGUCGUCGAUGAGCGAGUGUGCCAGGAGUGCAGUGGGAGCAAUUGGAGAGAUUGUGUCUGAAUGUGACAAGAACGUGAAGAAAAUGAAGCAGAUCGAGGAUCUGGUGUAUCUGGAGAAACGACUGGAAUUUCCCAAGACCAAGUCUCUUCCUCUCAUCUCUCAAACUCGUUGGCUGGUCAAAGAAGGGGAGCUAAAGGAGAUCUUUGUACAGGAACCUGGAGCCACCACCACCUCCCUCCAUCUGCACCUCUUUAAUGAUCUGCUGCUGCUCUCCAGGAAACGUGCUGAAGGGACAUUUUCUGUUGUGGACUAUGCCAAGCCCUCGAAGGUCAAGGCCAUCUGCUUCCAGACCAAAUCGCUGGUGUUUGUUCUCCAACUGUCUGAGAAUCACGAGGGAAACAUCAAAAGAAUGAUCCUGGGAGCAGAUAAUCAGUGUGAGUUGCAGGACUGGGUCACGGCCAUUUCUACUCCGGGUGUGACUCCAACUUGCUGAGCGCUUGGUGGUGAGCAGCAAUGGGCAACGGCAGGAGCUAACCUGCCCCGGUGCCCAGAUAGAAACCUCGCUGACCUCAUGUAUCAGUUAUCUCCGAAUAAAAAUUGAAGGAUUGAAACGGUGACUGGGUAAAGGAUUCUCGAGUAACACGUUCAUCGUGGGGUUCAUGUUUGUUUGACUCAGAGACUGGCGAGCGCUUGAUAUCCCUCUCUCACUGACAUUAAUCCAGGUCAAUGUCGGAUGCAUCAAUUUCAGACCGAACUUCAGAACAUUGUGAAUUGUUCUGUGCACAAGUCUUCAAUUUUGAAGAUAAAACGGGUCUCACCGGGUGGAGACUGAGGUGAAUUCCAGGCCCCAUCUUGGUUGUUCCACGAGAGGGGCGUAGUAAUAAAGAGCCCAUUGAAGGAUCCUUGGGGAAUGGUGGGGAGGGAGAGCUCAAGUGCUGUGGGACACUACCCUGUGUGACGGGUGCUAUAUAAAUGCAAGGUGUUGUUGAGAGGGUUGUUGAAUGGUGACUGGAUUUGGACUGAGGAGUCUGAAUCUUCUUCAAACGUCCAAUUAAUUUUUUUUUUCUCAAGCUUGCACGCUCCCAAUUCCUGCCACUGAAGACCUCAAAUGAGCAACACCAAAGACGACCGGUCUCCUUGGUUCUGAAUGAAAUAUUCUGAACGAAGGUCUUAAAGUGAAAACCAUUUUUCUAUAAAAAAAAUGUUUCUGUAAAACUGGUUUCCAAAUUGAUUGAAUUCAUAAAAUUACAAAAUCUUCGCACGAACGCAGACACACGAACAACCCUUGUCUUACGAUGUAGGACCUGGUUAAAAAUUUUGGACUUUGCAUUUCUUCCUUGUUCAUAGGAAAAGUUUCAGCCGAAUCGUGUCAGAGCCAGACAUCUCCACCAGAGGCGACCUGUUGAAUAGCACCGCACAAAUCUCAUAUUACUGUGAGCUUACUAACAGUGCUGAUUAACACACUUGGAAAAUGUAAAAAUAAAGUAAUUUAGCUUUUA